UAAUUCUCGUCUGUUGUAGAAUUCUGGUUACCUAAGGCGACAGAGGUGUCAAUGAACCUAAAUAGUAGAAUCUCGUUGGCCGUGAUAACUUCUCCAAAAAAAUUCUCAAUUUUUGCGCCGUCGGUUGUCUUGUGGCACAACUGAAAUCUACUUGACUAUUCAUCGAAAUAUACCUUCGCUUGUUCAUUCAUUUUGCUAAUUCCAAGCCCUCUUUUUAAAAAUGGGAGAAUCAAGGUUGGUUUGACCGCAUAUACUAUUAACAAGAAUUCCAAAUUUCUGACAAAAUGGCAAAUAUAGACAAGAGCUCGUGGCAUGGCUUAACAACCUGCUACAACUUAAUAUCACAAAAGUUGAACAGUGUGGAACUGGGUGAGUAAAUCUGCGAUUUCGCACAACUCCUGCGUCUUUCGUUUUCCCCUAUUAUACUAUUCACUAACAUAGAUCAUCAAUACAGUGCUGCUCUCUGCCAAGUCUUCGACAGCAUUUUCCUCGAUGUACCGAUGUCAAAAGUCAAGUUCAACGUAAAUACCGAAUAUGCAUACCUACAGAAUUUCAAAAUUCUUCAAAGUCGGAAUACCUUCCCCUGAAUAAGGCUUCCAACCACUGACAACGGUCUAGACACCUUCACCCGCCAUCAAGUUGAUCGAAGCAUUCAUGUCGAACAACUUGUUAAAUGCAAGAUGCAAGAUAAUCUCGAAUUCUUACAAUGGUCCAAGAGAUACUGGGAUCAAUACUUUCCGGGAGGUGAAUAUGAUGCUGUAGCUCGUCGACGUGCCGCUGGAGGACCCGGUGCCGCCCCUUCUGCUGCGCCGAAAACAAGCGCUGGGACUGGAGCAGCUCGAAGAGGGGUAACACCAACAACGAGCGGCGCACGAGUUGCUAAGCCCGGAGUAGUUGGUGGUGGUGCAGCUUCAGCAGCAUUAAAGGCAGAGAAUGAUACUUUGAAGGAGACCGUUGCAGGGCUAGAACGUGAACGAGAUUUCUACUUUAGCAAACUCAGAGAUAUCGAAUUACUGGUUCAACAAGCAUGCGAAGAGGACCCCGAGAUUGAGAAGCAGGAAGACGGUUUAAUCAAGCACAUUCAGACUAUCUUGUACUCAACUGAAGAUGGAUUUGAAAUACCGGCCGAGGCGGAGGUUGAUGAUCAGGAAGAGACAUUCUAGAUUGUUUUUACUGUAAUGGGAUUUGGAUUUUUGCAUUCGUUGCAAAUUUAUUCACUGAUUCUUUGGUCUGCAGCGAUUUUAUAGCAAGAAGAGCUAUGAGAUAACGAAUUAUGAACGAGCAGAAUGUGUGCGAGGCACAAAUAUACGAAGCUCAUCGGUUGGUAGCAUUCAUAGGCUAGGGGAAGGUUCUAUGCGGCGAACCUGCGGUGAACCAAUUCUGAAGCAUAUUGAGAAGUUACAUAAUUCUUAAAUGAGUUAUCUGGUUAUUGAAGAGUUUAAUAUUAGAAUGUAAAUCCCACAAGUCCUUUUUUUCGUACA